AUUGCCCAAGGCCAAGGAGAGCACGCCAGAGCCAAUCACCGCUGUUAUGAUGUGUGCACUUGCAGUCCAAACAGUCCCUGUGAAGACUCAAACUUAGCUACAAUUUGAGAAAAGUGAUGUUUAGAAGAACCUCUAAACUACCAGUUCUCUUGAGCCGGCCGUCGUCAUCAAAGUAUUUGGUAGGUUCCUGAGGUAGGCCUAGUUCUAAUGCAGCUUGGUGAUAGUAACUUGUGGCGAUGCCAUUAUUGGCCAUCUUCAUCCAAAACAAGAAUUCAAUUCAGUGAAACAACUCAUUCUACAAGAAUUCUUCAGUUUUUGCUCUGAACAAAUGUUAGUUCGUGUGCAGAAGGUUUUUUGCUGAUUGAUUAAACCUUAUUCCAGUAUGAAUUGCUCAACAAGCAGCAAGUACAAAUUCUAUAAGUGGAACAUUAAAACUCACCUUCUGCAUUGAGAUUAUGACUCAGCUUCUACUAAUCCUGGAAGAUUUCAGGUGGUGAUGAUUAUUGAGGGGCUUCAGAGUUGGGUUUUAUAGGGCACAGGCAGUGUGGGCUUCACUCAUUGGAGGUCAAUCCACACCAACUACCUUUCAUGGCCAUGAAGAGCUCUAGGGACACUGCAAUCACCAAGAAAGCAAGGAAAGGAAUGGAGAGCCCAGUGAGCCAAGAAGAACCCCAGCACCAGACACCAGGGUGGAAAAGAUUCUUUGCUCAUAUUGGCCCUGGUUUCCUUGUCUCUUUGGCCUACCUUGAUCCUGGAAACUUGGAAACUGACUUGCAAGCUGGAGCAAAUCAUAGAUACGAGCUCUUGUGGGUGAUACUAAUUGGUUUGAUCUUUGCACUCAUUAUCCAAUCAUUGUCAGCAAAUCUGGGGGUGACUACAGGGAAACACCUGGCUGAACUAUGCAAAACAGAGUAUCCUAUAUUUGUGAAGUAUUGCCUCUGGCUAGUGGCAGAGCUGGCUGUGAUUGCUGCUGAUAUACCUGAAGUGAUAGGAACAGCCUUUGCUCUCAACAUCUUGUUCUAUGUUCCAGUUUGGGCAGGAGUGCUUUUGACAGGACUGAGCACCCUGAUAUUGCUUGGAUUACAGCGAUAUGGGAUCAGAAAGCUUGAGUUGUUGAUAUCAGUUCUAGUGUUUUUGAUGGCCGCAUGUUACUUCGCGGAGGUGAGCUACGUGAAGCCCCCUGCAGCAGAGGUGAUGAAGGGCCUGUUUGUCCCAAGACUGCAGGGCGAUAGCGCCACCGGAGACGCCAUUUCUCUCUUGGGUGCGCUUGUAAUGCCGCACAACUUGUUUUUGCAUUCAGCACUGGUGCUGUCAAGGAAGACGCCAUCUUCCACCAAAGGAAUCAAUGAUGCUUGUAGAUAUUUCUUGCUGGAGAGUGGUUUUGCAUUGUUCGUGGCGUUGCUCAUCAACAUCGCAGUGGUCUCAGUCUCCGGAGCCGUGUGCGCUACUACUGAUCUCUCUGCUGAAGACUCUGAUAGAUGUAGCGAUUUGACCUUAAACUCUGCGUCUUUUUUGCUCAAGAAUGUGCUGGGCAAAUCAAGUUCCAUCAUCUAUGGAAUCUCUUUAUUGGCCUCCGGCCAAAGCUCUGCGAUCACAGGCACAUAUGCUGGCCAAUAUAUUAUGCAGGGUUUUCUAGACAUCAAAAUGAGAAUAUGGCUGCGAAACCUUGUGACUCGAUGCAUCGCGAUCUGUCCCAGCCUUAUUGUAGCCAUUAUUGGAGGAACAGCGGGAUCAGGGAGGCUCAUAAUCAUAGCGUCGAUGAUCCUCUCCUUCGAGCUGCCCUUCGCCCUCGUCCCUCUCCUCAAGUUCAGCAGCAGCAGCACCAAGAUGGGGCCUCACAAGAACUCCAUCUACAUAAUUGUGAUCUCAUGGGUCCUCGGCUUGGGCGUGAUUGGGAUCAACAUCUACUACUUGAGCACGAGAUUCGUGACUUGGAUUAUCCACAGCAGCCUCCCGAAGCCUGUGACGGUCUUAAUUGGGGUCGUGGUCUUCCCUGCAAUGGUGUUUUACGUGAUCUCUUUGAUCUACUUGAUGUUCAGGAAGGACACGGUGGUGACCUUCGACGAGAAGUUGGAGGCUUCGAUGGAGCAGGGAAUGCAUGGAGUGAGCGGCGGCGCUGAGGUGGUGCCCUGCAGAGAGGACCUCGCUCGCGUCCGUCUGCAGUAGUGAAAAUCCAGGGUUUGUUUGUAAAAACUGAAGGGCCUACCUUGAUGUAAUUAAGCAAUUUACGUGUGUCUUUUGGAUUAUUUAUCUUCGUAUCAAUUGUUACUUUGAAAUAAAGUUGAGAUUCACGUAUCC